AUGGUUGCUCAAGUUUAUGUCGAUGAUAUUGUCUUUGGAUCAACGGCAAAGAAGUUGAAGGAUGAAUUUGUAGAGUUCAUGCAUUCAGAAUUUGAGAUGAGUAUGAUUGGAGAGCUGACAUAUUUCCUUGGAUUGCAAAUCAAGCAAUGUGCUGAUGGGAUAUUUCUGAACCAAACGAAGUAUGCAAUGAAUAUGGUUGAGAAGUUUGGUAUGAAAAGUUCUAAGAUUGUUAGAACACCGUUGGGACAACAUGACAAGUUGUCUAAAGAUGCUGAAGGAAAGAAUGUUGAUCAGAAGUUGUAUAGGAGCAUUAUCGGAACCUCGAAAGAAUCUCACUUGAAAGCCGCAAAGAGAAUUUUGAGGUAUAUUAAUGGAACGUCCGAACUUGGAUUAUGGUAUUCUAAGAGAUCAUCACUAGAUCUAAUUGGAUUUACUGAUUCCGAUUGGGCCGGAUGCUGUGAUGACCGGAAGUGUAUGACGGGAUGA